AAGUGCAACCCUGCACUUUAGCAAAACCAAUUGUUGAUAAGUUUUUGCAGAAUAUUUGUUUUUAUACUUUCGUUAUAAAGUUAUAUUUUAAUUAAAAUAAGCAAUGAAAAAGGCUGAUGACGUAGAAUUGCUUAUCGAUGUUGGUUCGAGUGAGGAAGAGGAUGACGAUAGUUUACACAGAGCUAAACUAAAAGUAAAAACAAAAGAUGAUCCAAACAAAGAAUUGCGGGAGCAACAGAUCGAAGACGAAGACGACGAUGAAGACGAUGCUCUAGCAAUAAAACCCAUUGGCGUGGAGCCAACUUCAUCUGGGUCACAGCAAGUUGGUCAGGAGCAACAAGAUCCUGAAUCAAACUCUAAUAUCAUACCGCCCGAAAACAAUAGUCAAAGAUCAGCAAAUAACUUAGAGGCCAAUGAAGGAAGAAUCAAUGGAAUUCAAAAUCAGCCAACCUUUUAUAUUCGUUCUCGUACAGCCACUGUAAACACUGCUACGCUUAAAGAUGAUGUUUAUGAGAGUUUGGAUUACGACGUAUGUGACAAUGUGUUAUUCAAGGAGGAACAAAAACGAACAGACAAUGCACGUUUUAACAUUCGCAAAGACAUUCUACGUUGGAUAAUAUUUAUACAAAUCGGCGUUGUGACCGCGCUAAUCGCCUGUAUAAUUGACAUCCCUAUUGAAGAGUUAUCUGCAGUAAAAUACACGUUCCUCAAAAACUCUGUUGAUAAUAACGUAGCUGCUAAUAUCAAUCCCGGAGGAAAUUUGGUCAUACCAUAUCUCUAUUGGAUGGGCCUGAGCAUAGUACCGGUGGUAUUGGGUGCAGCGUUGGUAACUUAUGUGGAGCCAAUAACAGCUGGCAGUGGAAUGCCACAAGUGAAAAGCUAUCUCAAUGGCAUUAAAAUUCCUCGAAUUGUUCGUAUAAAAACGCUGGCUGUAAAAGCUGUUGGUGUGGUAACAGCGGUAGUAGGCGGUCUGGUGGGAGGAAAGGAAGGGCCAAUGGCUCACGCCGGAGCCGUAGUUGCUGCUGGUAUAUCCCAAGGAAAAAGUACAACUUUUGUUAAGGAUUUUCGAGUUUUUCGCGCUUUUCGCGAUGAUCACGAGAAGCGAGAUUUUGUAUUAGGCGGUGCAGCGGCUGGUGUUGCUGCUGCUUUCGGCUCACCAAUCGGUGGAAUGUUAUUCUCAUUGGAGGAGGCAGCUAGUUUUUGGAAUCAAAAUCUUAUUUGGCGCACCCUGGUCGCAUCUAUUAUUAGUUCGUUUACACUAAACAUUGUCCUAUCAGCAUAUCAUGGCUUAAACAACUUCACCUUUACGGGUCUAUUCAAUUUGGGAAAAUUUGAGCAACCCCUGACAUUUGAGUAUUUCGAGCUACCCAUAUUUAUGUUAUUUGGCGUAACUGGUGGUCUAUUGGGCGCCAUGUGGAACUCAUAUAAUACGCAUAUCAACCGGUUUCGUUCGCGUUUCAUUAAGUUCAAAUUUGCACGAAUUCUAGAAGCAGCACUUGUGGCAGUGAUCGGUGUGACAUUGGCAUGUAUUAUGAUAUUUUUCAUCAAUGAUUGCCGCCCACUCGGAAAUGAUCCCACCGAUUAUCCAGUACAACUCUUUUGUGAGGAUAAUGAGUACAACGCAGUGGCAGCACUUUGGUUCCAAACACCGGAGGCAACAGUACGUUCACUAUUUCAUGAUCCGCCAGGCUCACACAAAAUACUGACGCUGACGGUGUUUACACUGGUUUACUACUUCCUGGCUUGCUUGACUUUCGGUCUAAAUGUAUCUCUUGGCAUAUUCAUACCAACUGGUUUAGUGGGAGCAGCGUGGGGCCGUUUAGUAGCCAUGAUCAUUUUCUAUAUUUUCCCUGAAGCGACAUUUUUGAGUCCCGGAAAGUAUGCCCUUAUCGGCGCAGCUGCUAAUUUAGGUGGAGUACUGCGUAUGACAAUUAGUCUUUCGGUCAUACUCAUGGAGACAACCGGCGUAGAGACGUCAUUUUUCUUUCCUUUGAUUGUGACGCUAAUCAGCGCAAAGUGGGUCGGCGACUAUUUUACUGAGGGCAUCUACGACAUUCAAAUCAAAAUGAGCUGUGUGCCCCUAUUGCCAUGGGAGCUUCUACCGAAGUAUAAAGGACUCAAAGCGUCACAAUUAAUGAGCUCGCCAGUGAUUUGUAUCAAGAAAUGCGACAGUGCGAAGUACAUUUAUAAAGUGCUGCGUCGUUGCAAGCACAACGGCUUCCCAGUUGUAGAGGACGUGCAGGGUAAUAAUCGUGAAAAUGGUCGUGUUUGCGGUAUUGUUUUGCGUUCACAACUGAUUGUAAUUCUGCUGAACUCAUUUUACGAAGAAAAGAAACAUUUUUGGGAAAAAGAGGUUUCAAUACAAACCUUCAGGAACGUUUAUCCGCGUUAUCCGUCAAUUGAUAGCGUGCGUUUGCCAAAUGAGAAAGAGAAUUACACAGUCAAUUUGGAGAUAUUCAUGAAUCCAUCGCCAGUGCGUGUUAGUCAAUGUGAUUCAGCUUCUAAAAUAUUUAAGAAGUUCCGGGCACUUGGUUUGCGUCAUAUGAUUGUGAUUGAUCGUGAAAAUCGUGUUGUUGGUAUUAUUACUCGUAAAGAUUUUCUGUAUAAAUAAUAAUUUGCAUACAGCUCUGUAUCUAGUAAAAGAUAUGACUGUGUUAUCAUAAUAUCCAGUUUCAUUAUAUAUCCAAAGCUAUGGAUUUUUCGAUUUUAUUUAUUCGAAUAAUUACUUCCUAUUCUCAUAUAUAUUAUUACCAAUUAAAAUUUGAUGAUGAUGAUGAUGUAGUUUUAUAGUAAUCAUGUAUAUAUACAUAUAUCA